AGUAAAAAAGGAUAUGGUGGGGAACACAAAGUAGUCAUCUCCUCAUAAACCGUCGUUGCUUCUCUCUGUCUCCUUCGUCAACCUCCUCCUUUUACUCUCUCCCUCCUUCCGUCCCCCUCUCUCUCAAAUUUUCUUCUUCAUUUUCUGAUUGUUUGUAGCGAAAGCAUGACCAGCCCUUCCGCCUCCGCCUCUACUCGCAAGGCACUGAGUAAGAUCGCUUGCAAUCGACUCCAGAAAGAGCUCCUUGAGUGGCAAGUCAACCCUCCCGCUGGCUUCAAACAAAAAGUUACCGAUAAUCUCCAGCGGUGGAUUAUUGAAGUAAAUGGAGCUGCAGGAACACUGUAUGCUAAUGAAACCUACCAACUUCAAGUUGAUUUUCCUGAGCAUUAUCCUAUGGAAGCCCCACAGGUUAUAUUUCUUCAUCCAGCUCCACUGCAUCCUCAUAUCUAUAGCAAUGGUCAUAUUUGUUUAGAUAUCUUGUAUGAUUCAUGGUCUCCGGCAAUGACUGUUAGUUCUAUCUGCAUCAGCAUUCUCUCCAUGCUAUCAAGCUCAAGUGCCAAGAAACGCCCUGAAGACAAUGACCGUUAUGUGAGGAACUGUAGAAAUGGAAGAUCUCCUAAGGAGACCCGUUGGUGGUUCCAUGACGACAAAGUUUAAUAACCCAAGCACCUCAUGUCGUCAUUAGUUCAAAUAAUUAGAUUAGACAGCGUGAUAUUUUAGAGGGAAUGGAAACAAGAACAAGAAAAAGCAUUCUGAAAUUCGUGUGUGGAGAAUGCUUGGUAACUCAGAUGGUAAGAACUGUUAAUCGUGAAGGAAGAGAGAUUUUCUGUAAGAAACAAAAUUCAAUUGGUCUUUUGUGGUUUAUCCCAAAUGAGACUGUCUCCGCCGCACUGUAAGCACAGAGAAUGAAGUCUCUGAAUCUCUAUUUUUCCAGUGUUGUUUUUUACAAACAUUUUGAGUUCUGAUUUUGAUUGUUAGCUGAGUGUCAAUUCAGAAACAGUACUGUACUAUUGGGGAAAGAAAGGUUGUUCCAUGUGCUGGCUGGAACUUAAAUUUGAUCUGGGGGUAGGGUCCAGAAAUUUUAGAGGA